GGGCUAAGGGCGGAGGCUGGUGCUGGAGGGAGGACGGGGCGACGUUGCCCGGGCCGGUGUGUCUUUCUUGCUUCUGCCUUUGUAAGCCCGCCGUCAUGGCUUCGGCUUUCCGUCCCGGCGCCUCGUCCUCUCCCCCCGCCGCCUGCCUACUUCUGCUGCUCGGCUGCUUCGUCUUGCGCGGGGCUUCCGCGUGGUCGGAGGAGACGGAGGAGGACGCCGACAAGACGGACCCCACGCGGCACCUCUACAACGCCGAGAUGCUGCGCCAUGGCGUCCGGAGCGCACCGCACUUCGUCAUGUUCUUCGCCCCGUGGUGUGGGCAUUGCCAGAGUCUCCAGCCAACGUGGAAUGAACUUGCAGAUAAAUACAACAACAUGGAUAAUCCACAGGUCUAUGUUGUAAAAGUGGACUGCACUGCAGAUACUCCAUUGUGUUCUGAACAUAGUGUCAGGGGAUACCCAACUCUAAAAUUACUAAGACAACACCAAGAAGAUGCAAAAUAUCAGGGACCUAGAGAACUUGAGUCACUAGAGAAAUGGAUGUUGAAGAAAUUAAAAGAGGGCUCUGAGGAGGAAGUACCUAAAUUGAAGCCAUCAAAAGCACCUGAUACAAAGCAAGGUCUUUAUGAGCUCUCAGCAGCUAAUUUCAAGCAACAUGUAGCAGAAGGCAAUCACUUCAUCAAAUUCUAUGCCCCUUGGUGUGGCCACUGCAAAGCAUUGGCACCUACUUGGGAACAGUUGUCUCUCUCCCUUGAACGGUCGAAGUCCGUCAAGAUUGGAAAGGUGGACUGUACACAGCAUUCUACAAUCUGCUCAGAAAAUCAGGUGCGCGGUUAUCCAACUCUGCUUUGGUUCAGAGGUGGAGAAAAGAUUGACCAAUACAAAGGAAAGAGAGAUUUAGAUUCUUUGAAAGAGUAUAUUGAAUCUCAGUUAAAAGAUUCCAAGGAAGCCAUGAAUGAAGUUAAACCCACUAAAGCACCUUUACCAGAAAUAACUCCUGAGGGCAAAGUUCUUUCCCUGUCUGAAAAAGACUUCGAUAAAGAAGUGGCUAAUGGGAUCACUUUCAUCAAGUUUUAUGCUCCGUGGUGCGGACAUUGUAAAAGCCUGGCUCCCAUAUGGGAGAACCUCUCAAAAAGGAACUUUCCAGGACCAGUGGAUGUGAAGAUAGCAGAAGUAGACUGCACUGCUGAACGCAACGUCUGCAACAGAUUUUCUGUCCAUGGCUACCCAACACUCUUGCUUUUCCGUAGUGGUGAGAAAGUAUCUGAACACACAGGAGCCAGAGAUCUCGACACACUGCACAACUUUGUUCUGGGACAGUCCAAGGAUGAACUGUAAAAAUGUACCUGCUUAGUUAUUGCUCCUUUAGCUGGGUCCAGUAAACUUGGAAGUUGAAUCAUGGUAAUGUUAUUGGAUUUCCAGUAGUGGUCAUGUGGGAAACUGGAUGUUCUAAAGCGUGGUAUCGUCUGUUCAUAUGUUUGUAUUUCCUAUUAUCUACUCUGCUAAACUUGAGGAAAGGUUACAACAAACAGUAACUGAUCAAAUUGGAAACCAGCAUUUAUGGUACUGGUUACAUUAAUGAUGGGGGGAAAAGUGUUUGAAACAAAAAUUAAGGAAAAAAAGGCUAACACCACUGCAGAUAACAUAUUAGUACAAUAUCAGCUGCAUAAAAUUUGCAGAGUUUAAUUUCCUUCAGAAACCAAAUUAGAAGAAAUUCUAAAGGAAAGCCCACAGAAACACAAUCGUCUAGGGAGCUACCCUGGCUAUUUGCUUUCUGUUGUUGUCUUCUCUCAUGAGGAAGUGCAAUGAAAAUUAAUGGUACUGUCUAGGUCUGGAUAUUGGACAAUGCUACCUCUCAGCUAAGCCCAACACUCCGUUUAAUUAAAUUGCAUGACUUGGCUGUCUUCAUAUAGAUUUGAUGUUCAUUUCAAUUCCAAACAUUAUAAACCAAAUUUUACUGGGUGAAGAUUAUCCCCUGUUUACAAUUUGUCAAUUUCAGAUUAGCUAGGAUCCAUGUUUACAUAUGAACAGGUACAUCUUUAGAAGUCUAUGAAAGACCUUCUCUUUUCCCAGGUCCGCAAUAACAAAAAAAUCAAACUUGCCCAUAACAUUUUUGUAGAUGAUAUUGUAGGUUUGUGUAUUUUCCAGCCCCAUUCAGUCCUGUUUCCAAUUUAGUAUGCCCUAAGAGGAUGAAUUAAAGCCAAAGACUUUCUUGUGCAAGUAGUGAUACAAGAUCAAACUAUAGCAGCUAAAUCUUGAUCUAUUUUGCAUAUGGAUUAUUGCCAUCUUUCUGGGGCAGUUACGGGUCAUUAUCUGCAGGUCUAUACAGAAGAAAUACGAUGUUCAUAGCCAUGUCUAGAUGCUCAGUGUUUGUACUCUAGUUUGUUUUUCCUUCAGUUUUUGAAGGGUAGAGAAUUUGUCCAGAACAAAGCUGGAAAAAAAUCCUUGUGAAUUAUGGAAGUUAACUGAAAGGGCUAAUCACAUAUGGCAGAGAAAUCAACACAUAUUUCUGCCUUAAAGGGAGCCUUUAUUCAUUUUAAAAACCUAAAGAAGCACAAUUUUAAGAGCUGGCUAAGUUGUAUCUCAUGAGUUUCUUGUACAAAAUCAAGUGGUACAAUUGUUUACACAAUUUCUGAAUAAAUUUUUUUUAAAAAAA